GAGCAGGAGUGUGAGGAGGAGCGCUGGCAGCAGAACAGCAGUCCAAUCGGCGCAGUUGCGCUCCGCGUGACGCGCGUAAUGAACCGGACCGUUGCGCUGCGGACAAGAGCGCAGGAACAUCCUCAGCAUCAUCAACAAGUGCCCUGGUCAUCUUUACAAAGCUCGUGCACAUACGCAGAUCUUUAUUCUCCCUCUGACUGAGGAAGUUUGUGCCAAACGGGAACUUUGUUUCUUUUUACUUUUUUUUUUUUUUCCCCUGCAGGGAGACAUGGACGGGACGAUUUCGGCUGCACUUUAUUGCAGUGAUCCCUGCAGCGAUGGCACAGAGGAGAGCUGAGCAAAGAUGUGCUGCUGAUCACAGCACACAAGCUGGAUGCUUUCCUCUUUCCCUCACUUGUCUCUCUGCCACAGUCAUCCUCACAGCAAACCCAAGAUUACAGUUCCCUGCUGGAAUAGCUCACUGAGUACCACCUGUGGCUAAAGUCUUUUACCAACACUUUAAAAAGGCAACAUGGAAUGCAAAGAAAUGAGUUGUGAGGAUUACUUCAAGAUGAGUCCUUAGGAUUGUGGGAAAAAAACUGAAUAAAGUUCAAGUUAUCUGCAUUUGAGGUCACAAAGUACUGGAGACGAUGAUUGUUUUUGACUGACAGGACGGGAGGGGAACCUACUACUGAAUAUGUGGAUCUCACUGGGGCUGGAUAUGUCCAAGAAGUUCCUGAUAUUUGCUGGUUUCCUGCUGUGGGGCUCGUUGGUGGGAAUAAUCCUUGCACCAGUGAUGGCUUGUCCCCAAAUUUGUCACUGCAUAGAGAAAAGCGGCUUAACAGUGGUCCAGUGUAUGUCCCGCAGUUUGGAGAAGAUCCCAUCAGAUCUACCAAGAGACACAGUUGUCCUGCUUUUGGCUUCCAACCACAUCACCAAGAUCCCAAACCACACUUUCAAGGAACUGCACCACCUUCAAGAAUUGGAUCUGUCUAACAAUAACAUUGAGAUUGUGGAUGCUGGAGCAUUUCAAGGGGUUUCUGACAGCCUCCUUGUCCUGGAUCUGUCAAACAAUCACAUUCAAAGCCUCCCCAAAGAGGCGUUUGCCCAUCUUCGAGCAAAAAUCAGUCUUUCACACAAUCCCUGGCACUGUGAGUGUACACUGCAGGAAGUUCUAAGGGAGUUGCGGCUGGACCCUGAGACAGUGAACGAGGUCAUCUGCCACACCGCAGUGCAGGAUGAAUAUGCAGGCAAGCCGCUAAUCCAGGUGCUGGACUCAGGGAUCAACUUCUGCAACUUUCAUCAUAAGACCACCGAUAUAGCCAUGUUUGUUACUAUGUUUGGGUGGUUCACCAUGGUGAUUGCAUAUGUCAUCUACUAUGUGAGACACAAUCAGGAGGAUGCCAGGAGGCAUCUGGAGUACCUCAAAUCCCUCCCCAGCAGCUCUCAGAUCAGCAAGGAGUGUGACACCAUCAGCACUGUUCUUUAG